AAUGAUCAUAGUUGAAAGUUCAAAUAUUAAUUUGAACAUCUGAUCUAUAUAGAGAUGUUAAACUUAACAAGAAGACUUAACAACAAACAUGGCAUUUUCAGUUGAGUCAUCAUGUCACAGUUUUUCAGGUUUUAUAAUUGUAGUUCUGCUGUUAUUGGCUUCAGAAGUUGAUUCAAGUCCAAUCUGGGAAAAAUUUCACAGAUGUCUUUCCCUCAAUUCUGAGCACUCUAUACCAUUCGAGACGACUUUCUACAGGCCUAACACCUCUUCAUUCACAUCUGUUCUUCAGUCUACUGCCCAGAAUCUCCGAUUCUUAACGCCUUCGGUACAUAAGCCUGAGCUCAUUUUCACACCACUGAGAGAAUCCCACAUCCAAGCUGCUGUUAUAUGCUCUAAACAGCUUAGUAUCCAGCUUAGAAUCCGGAGUGGUGGUCAUGACUAUGAAGGCCUCUCAUUCGCCUCAGAAUUUGGACAGCCAUUUCUUAUACUUGACCUUUCUAAAAUGAGGUCCAUAAGUGUAAAUAUGCAUGAAAAAACUGCUUGGGUUGAAGCUGGUGCAACAGUUGGUGAAGUUCAUUACAGAAUUGCUGAGAAAAGCAAGGUAUAUGCAUUCGCGGCUGGACUAUGCACGACUUUAGGCGUUGGUGGGCACAUUACAGGAGGCGCAUAUGGUCCUAUGAUGAGAAAAUAUGGUCUUGGAGCAGAUAAUGUUGUUGAUGCUAGAAUUGUGGACUCGAAUGGAAACGUUCUUGACAGGCAAUCCAUGGGAGAAGAUCUCUUCUGGGCUAUCCGAGGAGGUGCUGGAGGAAGCUUUGGAAUCAUUAUUUCAUAGAAAAUCAAACUUCUUCCUGUUCCAUCAAUUGUCACAGUGUUUACAGUUUCCAAGACCCUGGAACAAGACGCGAUAAAGAUUCUCCAUAGAUGGCAAAAGAUUGCACCUAAGCUCGACGAAGAUAUCUUCCUCAGAAUCACUAUGCAAACAACUGCAGAUCAAAAGGGUAAGAAUAUCACGACAGUAACAAGCUCUUACCAGGCAUUGUUUCUUGGAAGAACUAAAGAACUUGUCAGAAUCAUGUCACGCGUUUUCCCUGAACUGGGAUUAAACAAGAAAGACUGCAUUGAGAUGAGCUGGCUAGAAUCAGUGCUUUAUCAUGCAGGAUAUCCAAGAACAACUCCCACAGAAGUAUUACUACAACCAAAGCCUUUGUUCAGGUACUACUUCAAAGGCAAAUCUGAUUUUGUGAAAGACCUUGUACCCGAAUCAGCUCUCCAAGGACUAUUCACAAGGCUUCUGAAAGAGUUCUUCCCUGUAGUGCAAUUCAGUCCUUAUGGCGGGAUCAUGAGCAAGAUUUCUGAAUCCGAAAUUCCUUUCCCUCACAGAAAGGACUACAUGUAUAGUAUCCAGUACCUCACAGCCUGGAACGACGCAAACAAGGAUUCGUCAACAAACCACAUAAACUGGAUUCGAGAUGUGUACAAGUACAUGGCUCCUUACGUUUCCAAGUCUCCGCGAGCUGCAUAUGUAAAUUACAGAGAUCUUGAUUUAGGUAUCAACAAAAAUGGAAACACAAGUUUUGUGGAAGCAAGUGCAUGGGGUCUGAAAUAUUUUAAAGGCAAUUUUGAAAGAUUGGUUCGAGUAAAGAGCGAGGUAGAUCCAGAUAACUUCUUCAGGCAUGAGCAGAGCAUCCCAGCAUUGCCAAAAAGAAAAUAUUAGUUGUGCUGGCUUUGAUUUUUCAUUCAACUAUCUUCCUGCAAAACUGAAUUAUUUGUUAUGUUGGUGCUCUAGUUUUAUUUAAAGAACACACUAUAUGUUGUCAAACAAAAAUAA